AUGCCAAAGGCCACCAGAGGCGUUCUGAUUGAAUGCGAUCCCUCCAUCAAGGCGCUCAUCGUCAACAUUGACUCGUCGCAACACAACAUCAUUUUGGACGAGCUGGAUGACACCCAUCUCAUGAUCCACCCCUCCAUGGUCGAGGUGGUCAAACAGAAGCUCAACAAGAUGCUGGCCGAAAACACAUACAACCCCAACGAGGAGGCUGCCAAAGCGACUGGAAAGUAG